AUGCCUUGUAGCGUUCCACGCUCACUGUGCAGUCAGCACCUUGUAAGUCAACUGCCAGCACCUUGUAAGUCAACUGCCAGCACCUUGGCGGGGUACAAGCUGGAGGGAGCGCUGCAGCAAUUCAGCGUGGGUGUGGCGGGGGCGGUGGUGCUGGACGCGGGGCUGUCCACGGGGGGCUUCACGGACUGCCUGCUGCAGCACGGCGCUGCCCGCGUGUACGGCGUCGAUGUGGGGUACGGCCAGGUGAGUGAGCGCAUCCGAAUCGACCCGAGAGUGGUGGUCAUGGAGCGGACCAACCUGCGCCACUUGGCGCCCUCAGAUUUGCCGGAGAAAGUGGAUGUGGUUACCCUCGACCUCUCCUUCAUCUCCGUCCUCCUCGUGAUGCCAGCGGUGGUGGGGGUGAUGAAGCCGGGGGCGCACCUCAUAGUGCUCGUAAAGCCGCAGUUUGAGGCAAGGCGCGGGCAGGUGGGCGGCGGGGGCAUUGUGCGCAGCGAGGCCGUCAGACAGGAGGUGCUUGAAAGGGUGACGCGCGGUAUAGAGGAGUAUGGGAUGGAGCUGCAGGGGGUGAUGACAUCACCAAUAACGGGCACGGAUGGCAAUGUGGAGUUCCUUGCCCACUUUGUGCGCCGGCCCGUGCCUGCAGCUCAGGAGGUGGUUUUGCCACGAGACACAGGAGACGCCCCUUGA